AUGGAUGACUACACACGAAAUGGCAUCAUAAAUGAUGGUAUGUUAUCUUCGGCAUCGCCGUAUCACGUUCAGCCACUAACCCCAGUGAGUAAAAGAGACAGAAAGCGGCAUCAGAUUGGUACCCGGCUCAGCAAACUAGAAGCCACGUUCAGCGAGGAGAGAAAUGAAUACUACCGUAUCAUGGUUCACGAUAUUCAAAACAAUCUCACCGGCCUCCAGCAGGGUACCAAUGAGGAGUACCUUGGAAAACGUAAGGUGCUAGAGCAGAGUCGAGACUAUGAGCUUACUAGGUUACGCCUCUGGGAAGAGUACCAGGUCAAGCGAGUAGACACAGAGUACAAGAAAGACAUCGCCAAGGCCAAGGAGAACUACGAUACAAUGAUCAAGCUUUUGAAGGAGAAGUUUUUCGACAAGCUUCAGAAACAGGUGAAGCAGCUAAAAGAGGAUAAGCUUCUUCUCAAUCUUGUGAAUGCUAGUCUGUGGAGCACGCAAGGUGGAAACGAUCAGAAUAUAUCGGCACUUAGCGCUGCAGCUGCUUCUUCGUCACUCAGCAUCAACGACCGCCGGUCCCUUCGAAAGCGUGAGUUUCUGUCCCGCUUCACUUCUGGAGAAGCAGACGACCUUUCAGACUCAGGAUUUGGCACCUCAAAUGGCAACGGUUUCCUUCGAAACUCAGGCUCUGGAGCAGGCUCCGCGGGCUACUCUUCGUCUUCCAACAAGCGCAGAAGACACUACGCCACGCGAUACUCCUCCAACGACGAGAUGUCAUCAGGAAUCACCAGCACAGGAAACGGCCAGGGCCACUCCUUGAAGCAUGUCAGCAAUAAUGGCGCCAGCAGCGGCAACGACAGUAACCUCAGUGACAAGGACUACGACGAGCUCAACAGCUUAAUCAUGAACAACGAAGAGGGCGGAGCCACUAAUAUUUUGGCUCGGAGCACGAGUAAGCAGACCGGUAGGGCCAACACUAGAGGUCUGACCAAGCAGUUUGUGGGUGUGCAAGGGUUGAAGGUCGAAGAACUCAAUGAGGAUUUGACACUUCUUCGGAACGCCAUCAGCGUUACGUCGGCCUGGUCUUCCCGUUUGACGAUGCUACGAAAAGUUAUCCUCCUUCUAUUUAUUAUACUCACGGCUUCACUCUUGGUGUCACUCAAUAUCAAGCGCAUCAGGAAGAGAAAAAACUUCGAUGAUGGCGUGGAUCUACCUGACUACACCAACCAGAAAGAUCGCCGCAUGGGCAUGAAGAACCUCAGUUCAAAGAUUGAUUAUCCGUUUGAGGUGGGGUGCAGAGUUCCAGACACAAACGCCCCUCGGGCAAAUGCCUCAUUUGUUAUGCUAGCUAGGAACUCCGAGUUGGACGACGUUGUGAAAUCCAUGGAGUCUUUGGAAAGGCAUUUCAAUCAGUGGUACAACUACCCUUGGGUCUUCCUCAACGACGUGGAAUUCACAGAUGAGUUUAAAACAACUGUUCAGCGCCAUACGACGGCGAAAUGUGAGUUUGGCACUGUUGCACCGGAGAAGUGGAACUUUAGUCCGGACAUUGAUCCGGAUGUGCUUAAGGAGAGUAUCGAGAGCCAGGGAGACCGCAAGAUUUUCUAUGGAAACAUGGAAUCAUAUCACAAGAUGUGCCGAUUUUAUUCCGGAGAAUUUUUCAAACAUCCACUUGUUCGGAGAAAUGAAUGGUAUUGGAGGGUGGAGCCGGAUGUGCAAUUCUUCUGUGAUUUGACUUACGAUCCCUUUAUUGAGAUGGCAAAACAUAAGAAGAAGUACGGCUUCACGGUCGCUAUUGGAGAGAUCUAUUACAGUGUCCCCACUCUCUUUUCCACGACCAAGGCAUUUAUCAAAGAGCAUGAAAUCAAGGUGAAGUCUGCUUGGGAAUUUGUCGCCGACAGGUACAGAGCGGUGAAGGGUAAGAAUGCAGCGAAUUACAAGGGGAAUGAGCGCAUGACUGACCGCCAAUUUGAAACUAAGGUGGAAAAAGACCUUAACUUGCGGCGCUUUCUCGCCAAAAGUGGUAAGACUGAUAAGGAUUUCGAAGCAGUCAAAGAUUCUGAUAACAUCAGGAACAUCUUUGAAGAGGCGUAUGACAAACCAAGCAUCCCAUUGGACAAAUUUGAUGACGAGGAAUACAAUCUUUGCCACUUCUGGUCAAACUUUGAGAUUGCACGCACUGAUCUCUUCCUUUCGGAGCAGUAUCAAGCCUACUUUGAUUAUUUGGAGAAGGACGGUGGAUGCCCCGUUCACUCGCUUGCGGUGGCCAUGCUCCUUGAGAGAGAAGAAUUGCAUUAUUUCCGUGACAUUGGAUACAAGCAUACGACCAUGGGUCACUGUCCCAACAAUGCACCAGGCAAACAGCUCCCAUAUGAGGCAGCGCAAAAAAAAUUUGCUCAUACAGAAAGCAACCCAUGGCUUAGUUUUAUGAGCAAAAACUCGCCCGACCCAACUGCUCGAAAUGGCGUGGGGUGUCGUUGCGAGUGUCCUCCAGGUCACAAGGAUGCGGAGGAUUAUUCUAGCAUGUGCAUCAAGCAUUACUCCUGGGUCAUGUCAGACCGCUUUCAGGAGACGACGCCAUUCGACUUGGACGCAAUAGAGCAAAGGAUUGAUGACAAAAUCGACCGUUACCUUAAACUAGGUGGGGAGUUUGCCAAAAACUCUGUUCAAAACAUGAACUGA